UCCUUGCUGAGUCUGCUAGUCAAAGCCUCUAGGACCCUGGGUCCUGUGCCUGGUCUCUGAUGGAUCCUUGUCUGGUUCCCAUCUGUGAGCUCAUGAGACAGUGCUCUUGGCCUCCUGAGAAAAGAAAAGGAAGUACAGAUUUCCAGUUCCGGGAGUUUUAGGGCAAGGAUGACAUGAAGACCUGUCAUUGCCUAAUCAGCUGGGGUGCUAGGCCUCUGUCCUGUGUUGCAGCCUCACCAUGGAGCAGCUGAGCUUGGCCAACACCCGGUUCGCACUGGACCUCUUCCGCACCCUGAAGGACAGCGACCCCUCUGGGAACAUCUUCUUCUCCCCCAUGAGCAUUUCCUCAGCGCUGGCCAUGGUCUUUCUGGGGACCAGAGGCACUACCUCUGCACAGAUGUCCAAGACUCUUCACUUUGAUGCCGUGGAGGAGAUUCAUUCCAGUUUCCAGAGUCUGAAUGCUGACAUCAACAAGCGCGGAGCUCCCUAUCUUCUGAAACUUGCCAAUAGGUUAUAUGGAGAGAAAACCUAUGAGUUCCGCCCUGAGUUCUUAGCUUCAACCGAGAAAAUGUAUGGAGCUGAACUGGCCAGUGUAGAUUUUCAGCGAGCUUCUGAAGAUGCAAGGAAGGUGAUAAAUGAGUGGGUCAAAGGGCAGACUGAAGGGAAAAUUCCAGAGUUGUUGGCUGUAGGCAUGGUUGAUAAUAUGACUAAACUUGUGCUAGUUAAUGCCAUCUAUUUCAAAGGAAACUGGAAGGAGAAAUUCAGUGAAAUGGACACAACAGAUAGACCUUUCAGAUUGAAUAAGAAAGACACAAAAACAGUGAAAAUGAUGUAUCAGAUGAGUGAAUUCCCAUUUGGCUACAUUGAGGACCUUAAGUGCCGGGUGCUGGAGCUGCCUUACCAGGGCAGGGAGCUCAGCAUGGUCAUCCUGCUGCCAGAUGACAUCGAGGACGAGGCCACGGGUCUGAAGAAGAUCGAAGAACAGUUGACCUUAGAAAAACUGCAUGAGUGGACCAAACCUGAGAAUCUGAGUUCCAUGGAAGUCAAUGUCUACCUGCCCAAGUUCAAGCUGGAAGAGAACUACAACCUCAACUCUCACCUGGCCAGCCUGGGUAUAGAGGAUCUCUAUACUAGCCGAGCUGAUCUGUCUGGCAUGUCAAGUACUGGAAAUCUUUUUAUGUCACAAAUUGUCCACAAGUCUUUUGUGGAAGUAAAUGAGGAGGGUACAGAAGCAGCAGCUGCCACAGAAAUGUUCAUCGACUGCUGCCUUAUGCAAGAGGAAAAUUUUGUGGCCGACCAUCCAUUCAUUUUUUUCAUUCGACACAAUGCCUCAACUAACAUUCUGUUCUUAGGCAGACUUUCUUCCCCAUAGAAACUGUGGAAAUCCAAGGCAAAGCUCAGAGCUUUGUCACUAGCCCUUUCAAUGGUGAUAGUUUUCAUAUAUCUUCUGCAACAAAUCUACCAUCCCAAAACUAAUCUCUAA